CAACCAAACACCCCCACAUAUACCUCAAAAAUCUUCCAAGUUCAAAGCACAGAGCUUUUCUUUGAUUUCUUCAAUAUUUUCCACUAUUCAAUUGCUGAGUUAUUUCGUGCUCUUGACAGCUAGGUGUUUGUGAAAAAGCCAAGCCGAGAGAGAGAAAGCGAGAGCGUUCACACUGAUUGGUGAGACCAUCAUAUUUGAUUCACGGUCUUCUGCUUUUGCUUGCGCUUUGAAACUUGUUUGCAAACUUGGGUUUCUAUUUCUUCCUCCUCUUCUGGCAGUUGGGUCUCGAAAGACCCGUUCUUGGGACGUUUUCUGGUGAUGGGUUCUUGCUUAAGUUCUAGAAUCAAAGCUGACAGCCCCCUUCAUAAUGACCUACAAUGCCAAACUUUCUGAUUUUGGUCUAGCCAAGGAUGGCCCAGCCGGUGAUAAAAGCCAUGUCUCAACAAGAGUCAUGGGGACAUAUGGUUAUGCAGCGCCCGAGUAUAUGUCCACAGGUCAUUUAACUGCGAGAAGUGACGUGUAUAGCUUUGGGGUUGUUAUGCUCGAACUAUUGUCUGGCAGACGAGUUGUGGACAAGAACCGGCCAUCGGGAGAACACAAUUUAGUUGAAUGGGCCAAACCUUACCUUGCAAGCAAACGCAAAGUUAUUCAAAUUUUUGACGGUCGUAUUGAAGGCCAGUACUCUCUGGAUGAAGCUCUCAGAGCUGUUAACCUUGCAAUUCAAUGCUUAGCUGUAGAACCCAAGUCUAGGCCAACCAUGGAUGACGUGGUAAAAGCGUUGGAGCAACUUCAGGAGCCCAGUGACUCGGAGGGCUCAGGUAUCUUCCAAAAUGAACAUCGCCCAAACCCUCAUGCAAAUUCAAACCACGCCCCCAAACAUCGCAGACACAGCAUCAACGGAGUCAACAAUGCAGCAACUCCUCAUCGUCCCAGGGCAUCCGCUUCCCUCACCCCAGCAUGAGACAUUCAUCAUCGAUGCAUGCUUUAUCAUUAGUUUGAUUGGUUCAAAGGAAAACUGGGAUUCAGUCUGAAGGGAAAGGGAGGGAAAAGAAAUAGGAAGAAAGCGGAUAGUGUGUAUAUUGAAUACUGUAUCUUGUAACGAGUAUGUAACUGCAGACAGUUGACUAUUUGUACAAUUUUGUUUUGUGAAUGCC